GAACUUUAAGAGGAGUGAAUUGAUAUUUACGUAUUUUUAAAUCUGGGAGACUAUAUAUAAUGAACCGCAACCUGAAACUCGGCGGCUAAAUCUCAGGGUUCCCACGGCCAGAAGCGGCAGCUCCUCCCACCCCCUUUAUCUCCGUUCGCCGCUUCCGCCGCUAGCUAAAAACCCUAAAAAUCCGAAGCUAUUUCACAUGGCCGAACAGGCUUUAACGGAGUCCAACCGCGAGAUAGUAACAGCCGUAACGCCCAAAAAAAUCAACCGAAUACCACUCAGGAAACUCAGCGAGUUCGAAGAGCGCGGCGGCGGAAAAUUCUCGCCGGAGGCAAAAAAAAUCAGGCGAGCACUGCAGUCUGUGAACGCCCCAAGCUAUUGCCUGAAGGAAGGCGUUGGGAGCUUGAAAUGCGUGGACGAAACCCUUAGGCAUCAGCACCGGAACAGGCUGACGUGGCUACUCGACGAGCUUAUCCGGCGGCAUAACUGGGCGGAGGCAUGUGGCGUGCUGAGCGUGUUGCUCCAAGGUACGAUACGAGACAAGUCCUUGAGGAGAAACCGCGCCAAGUAUUCGGUUGCAUUGGAGCUACUCAAUAAUAUAAAAGGUGAAACUAUGAGCCCAAAAGACAUUCAGGAUGUUUAUGCCCUGUGGAAUGCAAAGCUCGGAUCUUUGAGGAAUUGGUCAACGAAGGAUAGGUUUGCGGUGCGGUUGGAGUAUAUUCUUACUUGUCUACAAAAUGGGAUUUUGGAGGAAGCAAGAAAAGCCGCUCAUACUCUCAAGCAGGUGCGCGAUGUUAAUAGUGAUCCUGUUGCAAAUUUGGUUUUCGGGUUGGGAUUUUGUCAGCAGUGGUAUUCCGGUCUUCGAGACGAGUUUCGCUUGACAGAGCUGGACUUAUCCGGCACCAGUAUGCCGUCAGUAGUUCCUGCGGAGGGCAUUCACCAGCCAGUUGAUUACUCUAACGAAAACGAUGCUAAUUCCACCGUACAGUGUGACUCGAGCACCUCUGUGGCAAAUGAUAAAGUAUUCGAAGAUGAUGGUAACCGGCAGAUUGCAUUAAUGGAAAUCGACAGCAUUACGAAAAAUGAAACUUCUCGUACGAGUUAUCAGCCGCCAGAAGUUGACAUGGAGUUAGCUGAACCCGGUGGGAAUAGCAAUUGUUACUCCCCUGCUUAUUGUGGCGACCUUCCUCGUCUCUCUAUUUUCUACGCCCAAGGACUACCCACAUGGCUAUUUCCUAUGAAAUUGCCCGCUUCUCAUGAAAAAUUGGAGGAUGAAAUGAAGGAGCACAGAAGGUUGCUUAACGAUGACCAUAAGAAUGCGUGGAAAGUGUUUACGUGUUGCUAUUACUCAAUCCCACCGGUAGUGGAGGCUGUCCACCCUUUAAUACAGAUGCUACUUCUUGGAGAUCAUGUCCACGAGGCCUUUGAUGAAGUCGAAGCUUUACUUGAUACUGAUAUCUCGGAUAGGCUACUCACACUAAGACUGAAAGCAGGUCUCUUGGAGCAUUUUGAUAGUGGCAAUUAUAUCAAGCUAUGUAUAUGCUACGAAGAGAUUCUGAAGAAGGAUCCGACAUGCAGCGACGCCUUGGCAAAACUUGUACUCAUGCAUCAGCUUGGAGAAUACGGCACUCAGGAUAUGGUGGAAAUGGUAGCCUUACACUUGGACGCUUCGUAUGCAACGUGCGACACCUGGCAGGAGUUAGCAUCUUGCUUUUUGAAACUCUCUCAAUGUGAAGGAGAUAGAGAGUCCAAUUGUGGUGACGCUGAUCAAUACAGUCAAGGGUAUUUAGAUCACGCAAACAAGAUUCCGGAAUUACUCAUCAAUGGCGAAUCUGGAAAAGCAUGGAAAUUGCGUUCCAGGUGGUGGCUCAACCGCCACUUCCAUAAAAGUAUUCUAAUGUCCGAAAUUCCCCCGAUUGAAUACUCAGGUGAUUUGAAGCUUUUAACGUACAAAGCAGCAGCAGCUUCACAUAUAUACGGACGGCAUUUUGAUUACGUGGUGAAGGCCACCGAAUGUAUAGAGCAGAAAAACGAUAUGGAACUUUAUUCUUUAUUACAGACUCACAUUCUCAAUUCUGUUGGAUUUUGUUCUGUAAAGAGGAAUAUUUGUUGAUAUAUAUAUGUAUACAUGGGGCAGUUUGUCUGAA